AUGGUAAACUCUGUCUUUGUGGCUGGGACAACUAUAUGUUUCAUCGUGUUUAGAAACCCGAACCUCUGGACGCCAGCCACCGCCAACAAUCUGCGGGCGUGCUCGUCAACACUCUUCGCCGCCGCAGAAAGAAAUAAUUCACUGAAAAAGUAUUGUGACGUCCUGGAGACCAUCAUCGAGACAGUUAUGGAUCACGUCGCGCAGGCCACCAGCCCACAUGUGACGGCUGACGAUGCAGCAACCUCAUCUCUGAAAGGCGCAACUACACAGGCGGCCUUUGAUAAGUUGAAGCGUACAUUCAGAGAGAUGAAGUUUGAAUUCCCAUCGCAUUCAUACCCCCGCUAUGCAGUCGGGCCCGCCAAUGUACAGAUGGGUGCAUUGGCAUCUCCGCGGUCAGCGAUUGAGCAUUCCGAGGAAUUGCUUAGCCGUGACACCCCCGGUAUUGCGCAGUGGACCUCGCCUGGCAUGAUGAAUGAAGCCCAGGAUGUUGCUUCCAUGGGCUUUCUGUUCUAUGGAGAGGGCCUCGGCCAGCCUGGUUUCGAUCAUAUACUCAUGCCUUAG